UUAUAAAAACGCCUUACUUUAAAAAAAAAAUGGCGCUUUUUUUUCCAAAUUCCCCCUUCCUUCGAAACCCUAAAUUUUCCCCUAAAAUUGGAAUACUCAAAACCCCCUUUUCACACACACCGUUUUCAUCGGUUUACCUUGGAACCCAUACGAUCCCUUCCCCUUUCCCUUUCCCUUUCCCUUUGGUUUUGAAAAAACCCAAUUCUUAUAUUCAUUAUUCUGUUCUUAAUUUCGGUUUUGAUUUUUCUAUGUUCUUUCUUCAAAUUUUUAGACUCUCUGCAAAAUUUGAAGGACCUGCCUCUGGGCUCUGUACUUAAAUCCUAGUCUAAAGACAUGCAAGCAAGAAUGCAGAUUUUUGUUCAAACAGAUUCAAACAAUUAAAGAUACAAUGGAUUUGUACUGCAGAAUGCGGAUUCAAGACAUGCAACUUGCAAGCAAGAAUCAAGAGUAUUUUUCAGGAUUCAGUGGAGGUGAAAGGAAGCGCAAUGAGAUUUUGCAGCUUGCGGUAAUAUGAUAUAAUGUCUUCUGUAAUUCAUUGUGGAAUUGUUUUGUCCUCAUUUGAUAGUUGCAAUGGAAUAUUCUUGUUUGAACUUAGAAUUGCUGUUCAUGGCUUACAUGCUAUUGUAGGAGCUAUUACUAUACACUAUUUUAAUAUUUCAGCUUUAUUAAUAAUUUUUAGAUAUGGAUGGAUGGCUAGGAUUAUAAGUUUUCCUUAGAGUUUUAAUACAGGGCUAGGAUUGAAGUCUGGAAUCCUAGUAUAAAUUGGCUGUAAAUUAGAUUUACAGCCACCUUAUUGUUUUCUUUUAAUUAAUAGACUUAAGAAAUUAGAGGUUUUCAACCCUACGGUCUCCCCCCCCAGAAAUUAGAGCUUUUAGAAUCAAUUGCAGCAUGUAAGUUGCAGCCUUUUGUCAACUAACUAAAUAAUGAUGAUUGAAUUUUUUUAGCUAAAGAAUGACCAAUAACUUAAUAGACUAGUCCUGUUUUAGAAGGUAGAACUUGCUCUUUCUCUGUAUAUCUGUAUUGUAAUAGUCAUAUGGGCUCUUUUGAGUUUGGCAGCAACUAAUUGAACUUGGAUGGGGCAUUUUCAUCAUUACAUGAGCAAAGUUAUUUUUGACUUGUACAAUACCAUUAUAACAGCCAUGAACUGGAAUUACAUGUGAUAUUAGUAACUUGUACCAGCCCUUAAGGCUUCGACUUUACUUAAAACAGGAAUUACAUGUGAUCUUUGGCAAUUUUGCCCAGUAGAAUUAAGCUAAUUUUAUGGUUCUAGCUUUAAUUAAUGCAGGACUGAGCAAUACUUCCUUUACAGGUCAGUUUCCUGUUUCUCUGUCAUGGAUGGAUAUAUUUAUUGGAAUAUGGGACUAAGUAACUUAAUACAAAGAUGUUAUGCCUUAUAUCAUUUAGGUGUCAACUUUAUUUUAACAGAUGUUAUGCCUUAUAUGAUGCUAUAUGAGACAAAUAUAUUCCAUAGUUUUUCUUAUCCUUCUGUUUUUGUGCCGUUAUACUCUCUAAUCACAUGAUUUCCCUAAGCCAACCCCGUCAAUAAUGAUUGAUUGCUGAUGUAACAAUGUUUGAUUGCUAAUCACAUGAUUUUCACUUUUGUUUUCUCUUCAAAGUCUGCCGUUAAGUUUACAGUGAGCCAGUUGACUGCAUUUCUUUUUUCAUUUUUUACAACUUUUUCUGACCAACAAUUUAUUUGUUACAUAUAUGUUUUAUUUUAUUUUAAUCGUUAGUUGUAUGUCACUUCUAGGAUAAGCCAAAAUAAAGUGAAGAACUUAUUGUUUCCAAUUAAAAUUUUCUGACAUCUGCCAGAAAUUUUAUGAAGCUUUCUUACGGAAACAUUAAAUAUUUUGGCAGCCGCCAAUUAAAUUCACUCUUAAAUGGAAGAUAUUUGAAAAAAAGAAAACAAGCAAGCAAACAAACAGAUUAAUUCUUUUGCGAAUAUUGGAUCCAAAAAAAUAGAAUUUCUUUUCUCAUGGAGUACCGGUAUUUUCUCGGAUUCUUUCUUCUUCUUUUGAUCAAUUUUACUUUGGUUUCGGCUGAGAUUAAUGGAUCGGUGCUUAAAAUGAGAGGAGGAACUUCUUCUGUUCAAUUUGAUCCCACUUCUGUUACUCAACUCUCAUGGCGCCCCAGGGCUUUUAUUUACAAUGGAUUUUUAUCAAGUGAGGAAUGUGAUCACCUUAUUUUUCUGGCUAAGGAUAAGUUAGAGAAGUCAAUGGUGGCAGAUGAUGUAUCAGGCCAGAGUAUUGAAAGUGAAGUUCGAACCAGCUCCGGCAUGUUUCUUGAGAAAGCUCUAGUAUAUAAAUGAAUUGUCUUUCAUUCCUUUUUUUAGCUUAAAGCUGUGAAAUUACUAGAAUUUAUGUUAAUUUAAGAGAGGAAUGCUGAAUUUAUGAGUCGAAUUGUUGAAUUUAGAAGUAAAAUGAAUUGAUCUAUUAUCCAUAUGAUCUUGUUUUUAUGUAAUUUUAUGCAAUCUUAUUCUUGCUUUGUUUAAGAAA